AUGUCUCUUUUGAUCGUAUCUAGGUCGUCAAUCAACUGCCUCAACGAAACAAUCAAAGCAAACAUCAAGCAUACCUCCGGCGUGAGCAAGGCCAUCGGUGCAGAUUUGUUCAAGAGCAACAUCGUUGUUGCUGAGCGGGUCUGUCAGUCAGCUCAUGCCGAACACCCCUAUGCCGAAGACCACUGGUCAUCCAUUCGAAUUGGGAAAGACCAGCUCCUGUUUGAUACCAUUGACCCUUGCCAGCGCUGUCAGAUGCUAUGCGUUGACCAGGUUACCGGCGCACAACGCAAUGAAAUCUUGGCUGCGCUGCCCAAGAUACGAAAGGUCAAUGGGAGAAUCCAGUUUGGUAGAUAUGCGACAAUGUCGACAGAGGAUGGUGAGAACGUUGAGAGAAAUGUUCCAGGAAGCGGGACUAUUAUGGUGGGAGAUGUUGUGUUGCCAUCAAAUCAGAAGAACUAG